GAGAAACGCGGAAGUGACGUCAUUGAUAAGUAACUAACUGUCGAUCUUCCGCCGACUAGCCAAGCGGACAGAAAGUCGCUCCGAUUUCCCCCACACACAAAAAACCACUCCUGGUUGUCAACGCAGACAGAGCCGUCGCUUCUCCGAGAGCCUAUUUCCCCUUUUAAGAUCAGCCUGUGACCAGCUUUCCAAAUGAGUGACGGGGAGUGUGACUUCUUCUGCUUCUUUCGCUGCUGCUGAGCAGGAAGGCAGGGUGUCUACUAGCGGUGCCAGGGAGACACAGCGAGGUGUCUCUUCAAACAACCCACUUCCACCAAUUGAACCACUUGGAUCCGACAGGUAGGCGGGCCGUCUGCUUGCCCGGGUGGUCGAUUCAAUCGACUGGAUGUCUGUGGACAUGAACAGCCAGGCGUCGGACAGCAACGAGGAAGACUUUGGGGUGAACUCUGAAGAUGAGGACGACGAUGGCGGAGAAGAGGAGGAGGAGGAGGAGGAUCAGGGCGACAUCUCAACCUACUAUGAGGGGGUGGCCAGUGACGUGGAGCAACAGGGCGCUGACUCCUUUGACCCGGAGGAGUACUUGUUCACCUGUCUGACCUACAAAGAGAGUCAGAGGGUGUUGAUAGAGGAGGUUAACACUGUGGCCGCUGCACUGAAGGUUUUACCAGCGGUAGCAAAACUGAUCCUGGUGCAUUUGCACUGGAAGAUUACACAAAUACUGGACAGAUUUAAGUCCAACUCGUCUCUGCUGUUGUCAGACGCGCUGGUCCAGCCCAGCAGCACCUGCAGAUCAGUCGCUGCUCCUCAGUCCCUCCAGUGUGGCGUGUGUCUACAGGUCGUGCGGAGAGACUCCCUGCUGGCGCUGCCCUGCCAGCACUCUUUCUGCAAAGGAUGCUGGGAGCAGCACUGCACUGUCCUGGUCAAAGAUGGCCUGGGAGUGGGUAUCUCGUGUAUGGCUCAGGACUGUUCCCUGCAGAUGCCGGAAGACUUUGUCCUGCCGUUGCUGCCAGGAGAGGAGCUGAAGGACAAAUACAGACGCUACCUCUUCAGAGACUAUGUCGAGAGUCACUUCCAAUUGCAGUUAUGUCCCGGUGCCGACUGUCCCAUUGUCAUCAAGGUGGAGGAGCCCCGGGCGCGCAGGGUGCAGUGUAGCCGCUGCAGUGAAGUCUUCUGUUUUAAAUGCCGUCAGAUGUACCACGCGCCCACGGACUGUGCCACAAUCCGGAAAUGGCUGACAAAAUGUGCAGAUGACUCUGAGACGGCGAACUACAUCAGCGCACACACUAAAGAUUGUCCUAAGUGCAAUAUUUGCAUUGAGAAGAACGGAGGGUGCAAUCACAUGCAAUGCUCCAAGUGCAAACACGACUUCUGCUGGAUGUGUCUUGGUGACUGGAAGACUCACGGCAGUGAAUACUACGAGUGCAGCCGCUACAAAGAAAACCCUGAUAUCGUCAACCAGAGCCAGCAGGCUCAGGCCAGAGAGGCCCUCAAGAAGUACCUCUUCUACUUUGAGAGGUGGGAGAAUCACAACAAGUCUCUGCAGUUGGAGGUUCAGACUUACCAGAGGAUCCAGGAGAAGAUCCAAGAGAGAGUGAUGAACAACCUGGGAACCUGGAUCGACUGGCAGUACCUGCAUAACGCGUCAAGGCUACUAGCUAAGUGUCGCUACACACUGCAGUAUACGUACCCGUAUGCCUAUUACAUGGAGUCCGGCCCACGCAAGAAACUGUUUGAGUACCAGCAGGCCCAGCUGGAGGCAGAGAUAGAGAACCUGUCGUGGAAGGUGGAGCGGGCCGACAGCUACGAGAGGGGAGUGGUGGGAGGAGAGGGGGAGCUCAGCGCCAGCGACAGAGGGGAUCUGGAGAAUCAGAUGCACAUUGCUGAGAAGAAGCGACGCACGCUGCUGAACGGUUUCCAAGACACCUGAAGCUCCAUUGCGACUGCAAAGCACCAGCACCUCCCUCCCUCCCUCCCUCCCUCCCUCCUUCCUUACUUUCUUCCUUGCCUCAGAUUUUUGCUUCCUUCAAUGACCAUGCAGUCAUAGCGACCCCUCCUUUUUUGCUCCCACACUCGCUCAUUCGCUCCUUUCUUUCAGUCUUUCCCUCCUCUUGCUCCCGUAAUGCUGCAGGGUCACAGAAUGGCACGAUUGUAUCUCCCUUUCUUCCUCUCAUGCUCAUGACACACCACAUUUACAUGUUUUGGCUCCACAUCGUCACAUUACAGCUUUUCAGAUCUGAUCAUAAAGGUCAAAUUUGAAGGUCUUGUCAUGCGUCUGAAAACUGUUUGUAAGAGUCAGAGCAGUUACAUUAUAUCCUGGAAUAUUCAUUAGAGAAAAAAAAGAUGAAAUGAUCGAGAAGCUUUUGUUGUUCGGGUUGUGGAUGGAGUACAUUUUUUGAAGGAUACUGCUGAUUGUGUAUUUGUAUUUGGUGGUUUCAAGUAGACCAUAAUGACUAGGGGGUACUUGCUGGCAGUUGUACCUGUAGUACUUAUUGGAUUGGCCAGAACCAUAGCAACGAAUAAGCCAGAAAACAUGCAAAGUUGCUUUCCCCGAGCACAUUUUUAUUUCAGUUACCUCUCCUAAGCUGCACAAGUUUAAUUGACAUGAAUAAAAAAGAAAAUUGACAACCGCAAAGAUGAGUGAGUAGCUGUGAAAGGUUUUCAUGGAGUGUGUGAUACUUCAAAAUAAAACUUGUCACUGCCCUUUGUUUUGAAACAAACUACAUUAUCUACCAGGACUGGUGUCAAUGGCAGGUUAUGGAGACCUUUCAUUGUGUUGGUGUGGUUUUUUUUUUAAUACUUUUUUUUAUUCUCACAUAAAUGUGUAUAUGGUGUGUUUACUGUGGAAAAAUGGUGACUUCACAGUCCCACAUACUCCUUAAAAAUAUUAGACAGUAUUUUCCUAAGUAUCAUGCAUGAUCACUGUAACAAGUUGCUGCUGUCACCUACCUGUCCUCCAUCCCUCUCCAACUCAUAUAGCAGAGCCACUCAAAGCUUGAUCCCCUGCAGCUGAGGCCAAUUAGGCCUAUCCCCAGCACCUGUUCCCUGAACCACUCCCCCACACCCUCCGCAGCUGAGCCUAACCAUGUCCCAGCCACCACAUACCUCCACCGCCCGACUUAGGCCAGGGUGCCAUCUGGCCUAACCUACUCGGGUCAGGUCAGUCAAGGGUCAGGUCAGCUCUGCAAAGUUCGGGAUGAACCGUCUGUAAUAACCCGCCAGCCCCAGAAACUGCCUCACCUCUUUUUUUAAAACCGUCUUCUCCAUCCGGCAGAGCGCCAUCCUCUUCUCAUCCGUGGCUCUUUGGAUCUUGUUUCUCGUCACUGUGGCAAGGAGAGACUUGACGUCGAGGUGCGUGACCUCGGUCAAGGUCAUUCUCAGGGCCACCUUCACCCACUCGGUGAGGUCUUCACAGGACGGGAGCGUUUGGAGUCCAGCUUAUGCUUUCGUCCUGGAAGCCAACGCCAGCUCCAACGACGUCCUUUCCUUCACCAACGACUUCUUCAGCUCCAGCUGCAGUUUCUCUAGCCUCAUCUUUUCCAUGAAGUCAGAGUCCUUCUAAAUCAGCUGAUAGCCGGUCAUCCCUCUCAGCAUGGAGCUAGGGUCCUCUGGUUCUGAUUUGAUCCCAAAUGUGUUGAAGUCCAACAUUGUGUUUAGGUUGUCGUCACCUUGAUCGCCCUGAUGGGAUGUAGCUCAACGAGAUGCGGCCUUCUCUGAUCAUUUCUAAAACUCGGUCGGACAUGUUUGAUGUUCGGUGACAAGCAGCAGGUUCUCCUCCCAGUUUUCCUUAAUCAGGUCGAGCACCCCCCUGCGGAGUCCUGCCGAACAAAAGUUCAAAGGGAGAAAAUCCCGUGGAGGCCUGGGGAACCUCCCCCACUGCAAACAACAGAGUCGAGCCAUUUAUCCCAAUUACGCACAUCCUCGCUAAUAAAUGUACGGAUCAUGGACUUCAAAGUCUUAUUCAGAGGCUCCACCAGACCAUCAGUCUGUGGGUGGUGCAGACUGGUCUGACUCGAUUUGAUGCCCAGUAACCCGUAAAGUUAUCUGUGUUCUUGACAUGAACUGAGUGCCCUGGUCAGUCAGAAUCUCUUUUGGGAUUCCAUGUCAGUGCUUUUUUUAAAAGGGGAUCCCACGUUUGCGCCAGUGUAAUACCUACAGCCCCCCCCCCCCCCCCCCCCCCCCCCAGCACCCAGCACCCAACACCCAAGGACAUGCACACGCUUGUGUAUAGUUGGUAAUGGUCUUUAUUUUCAUGCAGACUGUCCCUCUGCUCUCUAUUCCCGGCACCUGUUCCCUGAACCACUCCCCCACACCCUUCCGAAGCCUAACCACGCCCCAGCCACCACAAUCACGUAAACAAAGUACAGAAGAAUAAGGUGGAUGUAUUUAAAGUACCUACUUUUCUUUUAGUUUUUUCUUUGCCAGUGUUUCACAAUAAACACACCUUCCACCUUUUGUUUGUUUGUUUGUACCUAACCUGAACUACUACUGCCGGCAAAUAGUUGCUAGUCAUUUUUCAAGUACAACAACUACUGAAAUACCGUUCUUGUCUCUUUACAUACUGAUGUUGUUGCUUGACUGUGUUCAGCUAGUGUAGAUCCAAACCAGUGUGAUCCGAACCUCCUCCAUACACAUCCAACAUUUGCGCCUCCACUGAUUAUCGUGUGUAAUCGCAGCCAUUCAUUCUCUCACUCACACACACACCAAUAUUGACAUAUCAUUUGCACACACAUACCAUGCUCACAUUGACACGAUCACGCUUAAACACUCCUCUGCAGAAAAUAAACGUUAACAGUUGAUUUGUCUCCUUC